AUGUCUAUUAUUUCUGUUAUAGUUGGAUUAUACAAUGUUUCAAUACAAUUAGAAAACGGUGAGAACGAAGAAGUAGAAUUACAUGUUACACCUGAUUAUCUAGAGUCUAAUUUAUUAAGAGAUGAAAGAUCAUCAGAUUUAGAAUUAAUAUUAAACAAACCGGCUAAUUACCAUACAUUUAACGAAUAUGAUUUGAAAUCACCUUAUUUAGCAUUAAUAGUAUUAGCUAAUUUAAUAGGUUUAAUACUUUUACCUUUAGUAAAUGAUUUAUUAGUAUUAUAUGUUAUAAUUGAAUUACAAAGUUAUUCAUUAUAUUUAUUAACAGGUUUACAUAAUAGAUCGUAUAAUGCAUCAAAAGCAUCAUUGUUAUAUUUCCUAAUGGGAGGAGUAGCAUCAGCGAUUAUAUUAUUAGCUUCUUAUUUCAUAUAUAGUUUAACAGGAUCAACUAAUUUAUCUGAUAUUGCUAUAUUCUAUUCAUUUGAUAAUUCAUUCGAUUAUUUUGAUAUUUUAUUAAUAGCUUUAUUAUUUAAAAUGGGUAUGGCUCCUCUUCAUCCUUAUAUAAGUAUAGUAGCUAAAAUAUCUAUUUUAUCAUUUAUAUUUAUAAAUGCUAAUUUAUUUAGUCAUAAUUUAAUAAUUGUAUUCUUUUAUAUAUCAUUAAGUAUAGCAGCGUAUAAACCUUUAUUUCAAGUAAAUAUAAAAACUAUAUUAGCUUAUAGUGGAUUACUUAAUUUUGGAUAUUUAUUAUUAACUAUAGUAACUUAUGAUAUUUCAUUUUAUAUUUACAUAAUACAAUAUGUAUUGACACAUUUAAUUUUAUUUUUAGGAUUAUUAGCUGCUAUACUAAGUUUAAUAUUAGCAUUCUUUUCAUUAAUAGGUAUUCCACCUCUUCCUGGAUUCUAUGGUAAAUUGUAUGUUAUAAUUAGUGCACUUCAAGAUAAUUAUGUAUUAGAAACAUGUAUUAUUAUAAUAUUUAGUGUAAUAUCAACAUAUUAUUAUGCUAAUAUAAUUAAAAUAUUGAUAACUAGUCUUGCGCCGUCAGCUACGCCGACGGCUGAUAAAGUAUCGGCUUUCAUUAACCCUUCUUUAGCUUAUUCUAUUGCAUUAUCAACUAUUCUAUUAAUUAGUUUCUUUAUAUUCUUACCAUUAAUUUCAGAAGGAUCCGCAUUUAGUGUAUCAUUUAUUUUAGUUGCGAUUUUAUUUUUACCCUUUGAUCUAGAAAUAUCUUCUAUUUUACCUUAUGUAGUAAGUGCAUAUUCUAAUAAUAUUUAUGGAUUAAGUAUUUUAAUCAUAUUUUUAUUUACAUUAGUUAUAGCAUUUAUAUUUGAGAUUAAUUUAGAAGCUCUUAAAUUAGAAAGAAGAUUUAUUCCUAUCAUCAAACCUCUUAUCAAUAAAUUAUAUAUUUAA